AUGACUUCGGUAAUCCUGGAAGUCACGCAUUUGGCGACGGGGUUCAUGCUGGCGGAUCUGUAUCCGUCCGUGAAGUUGCUGCCGUGGAUCACGAGAGACCAGAUGAAGAUCCAACGGAUGUAUCGGAAAAUAGACAGACUGCUGGAUAGCAUCAUCGAGGAGCAUAAGGCGGACAAAGCCGCCGGUGAUGGUGGUGGCGAGGUGGAUGAUCUGAUGGAUGUUCUGCUCAGGAUUCAGCAAGAUGGAACUGAAUACCCUCUUACCACUCAGAAUAUCAAAGCUGUGGUUCUGAACAGAACAGAAUCGCAGACGCCACCGCUUCUGAACUACACUUUCUCGCGAAACCCUUCCAAGAAUGCUACCUUGUCGUCCGAUUCUUGCAUAAAUCGCCCAAAUUCAUCUAAUUGUUUCUCCCUCAAGGAUUAUAGACACAGAAUCUAUUUGUGUCCUUUUAUAUUGGGGUGGAAGAAUAGUACAAAUUGGAGGAAUUGGUUUGUCUUAUGAGCCACCCAUGACAAAUGCAUACCUUGUGUUAGAUAAGUUUAUUCCAUACAAUGAAUUGGUUAACAGAAUAUGUGAUUGCAUUGGAAUCAAUGUUAAUGAGUAUAUGAUUAGUUUGACAUAGAGUUAUUUAAAAAUAAUAAAAGUAGAUUGAGAUUUUUAAGUUAGAAACGUCAAAAUAAAGGUCUCCCCAAACACAGAGUUGGAGAAUAGAUCCCAGCUACUAACCUCAUCUAAUAACUUCAAUCGAAGGCAAUAAUUGUUGUUCAAUUGAGAACUCAACUUUGAUUGCCUAGUCGUCACCACUAUGCGACUUCCAUUCCAAUUAUCAGGUAAGAAAUUUUGCAUCUUAUCCCAUGCAUCAACACUCCACAUAUCAUCAAUAACAAUUAAAAACCUUCUAUUGAAUAAAUAUUUGUGGAGUGCUAAUCCUACUUCAUUUUCACUCAUUCCACUCAUUUCUUCCUUGCUUUUUUUGUUGGCUUGAGAAAGCAGCUCACAAAGAAUUUUUCUUGUGUCAAAAUUUUGAGAAAUUGUAACCCAUGCACGAAUAUCAAAACGGUCCUUAACAAAUGGUAGUGCAUAAGCAUGUUUAGCGAGAGUGGUCUUACCAAUCCCUCCCAUCCCUACAAUAGGGAUUACUUGGAGUUGGCGAUCGUCUACUCCGUUGGUGAGCUUGUCCAUGAUUUCAUGUGAUGCAUCACCAAACCCCACCAUGAUUGAAGAUCUUGACGAACCACCAGAUGUUGAGACUCUUCUCUGGAGCUGAGCUUCAGACACAGAUAUCUCCAUCGCCUCCUUCUUGACCAAAUCCAUGUCUUCUAUAACUUUCUUCAAACCUCGAUAAAGAUUAUCAACGUAACUGAUUUUCCUGUCAUGAUUACUUUGAGUGCUGGAGCCAGCAGAAGUACUGGUUUCUCCUCUCGAGUGUAUUCGUCCAUGAUAAGCUCCACUGGAUUUGCGCAGCUUGAUCAUGUCCACAAUAUGGUACUCAAUUACAUCUUGGGCUGCAUAUGCUGCUUCUGCAAUACGAAUCUCCAAUGGAUCGGCUUCUUUUGUGUUGGCAACAGGGGAAUUAUAGGUCUCAAGAAAUUGUUGCAAGGAGGUAAGAGUUUGAGUGAGGGAUUCAAGUUGUUGUUCGUCGAUAGAAAUCGGAGGGAAAGGAUGAUGCUUGAUAUCAUCUAAGAUAUGCAAGAGCGAAGUCAGAGCUGCAUAAGCAGCCAUGGUCGAUCUGUAACUGUAUAGUUCAGGCUUGUUGAGAAGAAAUGUUGGCCACAGUAUAAUUAUGAAAAAGGUGUGUGGUUACUGCU